AUGUUGCGACUAGUACGACUAGCGAGCACAGCAGCUGCCCCGACCCCAGCACAAGCACGCCCCGAGCUCCGCUCGAUCCUCCCUUCGAAACGCACCAUCAACCGUCUUUUAUUCGAUGAAAACUCGCAGGUCACAUACGCGAAAAUGAUGCCGGUGCUCGAACAAAUCUACACCAACUUAUCCACCCCUUCCAAGAUCGAAAUCCCCCCCACCAUAACAUCAAACGACCUAAUGACCUUCCGCUCGAUGCUUAAAUCGAUGCGCACGCAAACGCAGUCCAUCAACACCCACCUCGCGGCGCUCGAGAUGGAACUCGUGGAGCAAAGCGCCGAAAUGGGCAACUUGGACGCGAUCACCAUCCUCGCGUACCGCACCAUCCAAUCGCAUCUCAAGCGCGACACGGUGGUGCUGACGCAAGACAAGCGCGACUUCCAACAUGCAAAUGAGCUCGUGCGCCAAUUGACGCAGAUGAAGCAUCCGCUCGUGUUCAAGAUGGGCGGCGACCUCGCGUUGCUGAAGCUGAUGUGGACCCAGGCGCAUGAUUACUAUACGCGGUUCUUGGCGUUGGAUAAGGAUAGUGUUGACGCGGGGCAUGUGCAUUAUCAAUUGGGGUUCUAUUUCUACAAUUCGCCGAGGGACGAUGUGCGCGAUCAUGAUGUGGCACGCGCGCAUUUUUUGAAGUGUAUUAAGCUUAGUGAUCUUGAUUUGUCGGCGACGAAGGCGCAUUAUUAUUUGGGCCAGAUCUAUUUGCAAGGUGGCGAUUUUGCGAGGGCCAAGUAUCAUUGGGAGAUUGCGGCGUCGAAAGCGCUUUUGGAGUCAUUCCAGGCGUUGGGGUUUUUGGAGAUGAACAAGUUGGGCAAUUUGCAUUUGAGUGUUGAGUGGUUCAAGUUGGGCAUCGAGGCGAACAAGUACGAUGCGGUGUGUCUUGUUGGCUUGUUUGAUUGUUUGUACAAGAUGAAGCGGUACGAUGACGCGGUGAAGCAGUGGAAUAAUUUGAAAAACUUGAAAAUGUAUUUCGAUAAAGCGGGCAAGAUGACGGUCCUGGAGAGAGAGAAGUUGCCCGGGUGUGAAAACUUGCAAGAGAAAUGGGCUAUGGUUAGUGGUAUUGUUGGUGGAGGGAGGAAACUGGAGAUUGAGUCUUUACGAAACUUGGGUUACGACGUGUAA